AUGUCGCACAGAACGCGAGAUGUGAUGGCGCACUUGCGACGUGCUGUUCUUCCAUGGCAUGCUCGAGCUGCUCGAGAGGCACGGCGUUCUGCAUCCGGUCUCCGGACCACGUUUGCUCGCUUGGCGGCUGAGCGGCUGGGUGUGCCGGAAGCGGCUCAGCCGGCUUCGGCGCCUCCGGCAUCCGUCGGAACUGCGCCAGUCGUGGUCGCCGUCGGGGAGGGUUGCACUGAAAGACGGGUACCAGUGUCUUUCGUUCGGCAACGUGUCAUGAAGCGGCUGAAGGAAACUCAGAACACUGCGGCCCUGCUUUCCACCUUCCAGGAAGUGGACAUGACCGCAGCGCUCAGGCUGCGUUCCAAGUACAAGGUUGGUCGUGCACAUGAUGGAAGCGAAAGUUUGCGCUUUCUCGCCGCGCUCACUGCUCGACAGGACAUGUUCCAGAAGUUGCACGGUCCACAGCUUGGAAUGCUGUCGCUCAUCGUCAAGGCCGCAUCCAGGGAUAUUUAA